AUGUCUACUAACGAGCCCAUUCCCUUCAGCGAGCCACCGUGGCUCCUGAAGCAUCCCUCACCGUAUUACAAGGAAUCACACUGGAAAUGGCAGCGAUUUUGCCGUGAAUUUAUCGACGCACACUUCACACCACACGCGCUGCAAUGGGAACGAGAUGGAGAAGUUCCGUCGCAUGUAUACGACACAUUUGCGAAACAUAAUAUGAUGGUUCCCAACCUACCAGCUCCUCUCCCAGUCGAAUGGUUAAAAAGUGUUGGCAUUGAUCAUGUUGGACCGGUCGCGGUGGAGGAAUUCGACUACAUGCAUGUGAUGAUCUACUCAGCCGAGAUGAUGCGUUGCGGCCUUAUGGGUCCAGUGACUGCAAUCACCACAGGCUUCGCUUUUGGAGUUCCACCCAUUGUUCACUUCGGCAGCCCAGAAUUGCAGAAACGGUUCCUUCCUGGCCUCUUGACUGGGCGAACAAGAAUAUGUAUUGCCAUUACAGAGCCGGACGCAGGGUCUGAUGUCGCGAACGUGCAAACAGUAGCCGAGAAGAGCAAGGACGGAAAGCAUUUCAUUGUGAACGGUACGAAAAAGUGGAUCACAAAUGGAAUGUGGAGCGAUUAUGCUUCGAUGUGUGUAAGAACGGGCGGCGAAGGUCCUGGAGGCCUAAGCGUCCUGCUUGUGCCUUUGAAGAAUACAGAAGGUGUCAGCAUGCGCAAAAUUCCAGUCGUUGGUGGAAAGGCCAGCGGGACGACGUUCAUUGAGCUGGAUGAUGUCAAAGUUCCCGUGGAGAACAUGCUGGGCAAAGAGGGACAGGGCAUGAAAUACAUUAUGACAAACUUUAACCACGAACGAAUGACGAUCGCGACACUUGUGGCAGCACAGGCUCGUGUGGCACUGGCAGCAGCAUUCGAGUGGGUAAUGAAGCGAGAGGCCUUUGGAAAUCCCCUCAUCAACCAAGCCGUCGUUCGACACCGCCUUGCAAAAGCAGGCGCAGAGUUAGAAACACUCUGGGCUUGGGUCGAGAGCUUCGCCUAUCAGAUGUGCCAUUUCAAGAAAGAGGAGGCAGAUGUAAAGAUCGGCGGCCUUACCGCUCUUGCAAAGGCGAAGGCCGGGCUUGUUUUGAACGAAUGCGGACAAUGUGCGCAGCUGCUAUUUGGAGGCAAUGGAUACACUGCGACCGGCCAGGGAGAACUGGUGUCGAAAAUCGCGAGCGAGAUACACGGUGCGAGAGUCCCUGGUGGCAGUGAAGACGUGCUCUUCGAUCUCGCGAUCCGCCAGUUACUCAAGAACUUCCAAAGACAAGUCUAUACCAAGCUGUAAGGAUUGGACUGGUGUAU